GGGGGAGGGAGGAGUGCGAGGAGGGCGGCCCGCUCGGCGCCUGCUCCCGCUCCCGCUCGCUGGCUGCGUGUGGGGCGCUCAGUCGGCCGCUGCCGCUGCCUGUCGCCGGGGCUGGGAGCGCCGGAGCGCGUGAGAGAGUGUGUGUGUGUGUGUGUGUGUGCGAUGUGAGUGACGCGGCGGAGGUGUAGUUUGACGCGGUGUGUUACGUGGGGGAGAGAAUAAAACGGCGGCCGGAGCCUCGGCGCGAACGAAAGCAGUGACGGAGCCGCCUCCAGCCGGAAGCUAUGUUGAAGAACUUGCCUUAUCCAAGAAUGUGUGGUAUCGAAAUUCAGUUCUUGAGUUACAAAGAUAACUAAAUGACCAUGGAAUCUGGAGCAGAGAAUCAGCAGACUGGAGAUGCAGCCGUUACAGAGGCAGAAAACCAGCAGAUGACAGUACCGGCGCAGACACAAAUUGCCACGUUAGCCCAGGUGUCUAUGCCAGCAGCUCAUGCAACAUCUUCUGCUCCCACGGUGACCCUAGUACAGUUGCCUAACGGGCAGACGGUUCAAGUCCACGGCGUUAUUCAGGCUGCCCAGCCAUCGGUUAUUCAGUCUCCGCAAGUCCAGACAGUUCAGAUCUCCACCAUUGCAGAAAGUGAAGAUUCACAAGAAUCCGUAGACAGUGUCACAGAUUCCCAGAAACGCAGAGAAAUUCUUUCCAGGCGACCCUCCUACAGGAAAAUCUUGAACGACUUGUCCUCGGAUGCCCCGGGAGUGCCAAGGAUUGAAGAAGAAAAAUCUGAAGAGGAAGCCACCGCCCCUGCCAUCACUACCGUGACGAUGCCAACUCCAAUUUACCAGACGAGCAGCGGGCAAUACAUUGCUAUCACACAGGGAGGCGCGAUACAGUUAGCUAACAAUGGCACUGAUGGAGUGCAGGGCCUGCAGACGCUGACCAUCCCCAACGCUGCCACGACCCAGACCGGUACCACCAUUUUACAGUACGCACAGACCACUGACGGGCAGCAGAUUCUCGUACCCAGCAACCAAGUGGUUGUUCAAGCGGCCUCAGGAGACGUCCAGACCUACCAAAUCCGCACAGCUCCCACCAGCACCAUUGCCCCCGGCGUAGUUAUGGCGUCCUCUCCCGCACUUCCAACCCAGCCAGCAGAGGAAGCCGCACGAAAGAGGGAGGUCCGUCUAAUGAAGAACAGGGAGGCAGCGCGUGAGUGCCGCAGGAAGAAAAAGGAAUACGUCAAGUGUCUAGAAAACAGAGUGGCUGUUCUCGAAAACCAAAACAAGACAUUGAUCGAAGAGCUAAAAGCACUUAAGGACCUCUAUUGCCACAAAUCGGAUUAAUUUUAGAUUCCCAACUUCCGUUUGUUAAUGUGGGAUAAAGACUGGUUUGGCGACAGCCGGAAAGACAAAAGUGAACUGUUUAUUUUGUAAACAUUUCCCUUUUUUUUCUACGCGCAAAACUGCCUGCAAGCAGCUGCAGAAUUUAAUUUUGUCUGUGCUUUGCAUUAAACUGUGAAUGUUGAAUCACCCGCCUCUGCUACUCCCCCCCCCCACACACAUUCUCCCCACAAAAUUAUUUUUGUCCCAGCGCGUCCCAAGUGCGAAGAAAAAGAACAGACUUCGUCACCUCCCCACCUCUUCGAGGAGUGAUCAUGUUCUCUUGUGAAGGUACUGUGGGGGGAGGGAUGGUUGUCACCAGCAUUUCCGGAGUUAGUGCUGAACUUGUUGGAAUGCGUCAUCCCGAGCCUCUGACUGGAAGUAUCCUGUGGCCCCUGAGCCGAACCGAGGUAUGAUGCUCCUUCAAGGAAACAGUGGUUGCCAAACAUUUGCGAGAUUUCAACUAUCCAUUCUCACACCGCUGCAUGGUGGGAUGUUGCCAAAGGACAGGCACUGCAGGGAAAGAAUGAACUCACAGAAAAGAGUUUGUUUGCUUUUCUUUUUUGUCUUUCCUAAUCUCCGUCUGCGGUUUUGGUUGUUGUUGGGGGUUUUUUUAGAAGCUUCUCCAUACCAUAAAAAGAGUACCUGGGUUUCCUCAAUUAAUUCUCUGUAAAUUUUAAAAAGAAAUGUCAUGUCUUCAGCCUUCCAAAUGCAGUCAACCAUCCGGUACCGUCGAUAUCCUGGUGUGAUGUGAACUUGUAAAGCAGAAAGAGCAGAAGCAGUAAAGCGCAGUUGAGAGGUAGAAGAGGGAGUCGACCUAGAAGAAGAACAGCGCAUUGAAGCACAAUUGUUUUGGUUGUGUUUCAUCUAGUGGCUACGCUGUCCGAGGCAACCACAAGCGGAAGCACAGCCAGCACAGUGUGUACUAUCGGUAAAGAAAGAAAAGCCAGCCAAGGCAUCUCAGCUCCCCUCAAAAGAGUUGUCCCUUUUGCAGGAGUACUAAUUUUUGAAAACAUCUAUUACCCUAAACCACUUUGUGAGGUUCUUAAGUUUAAUGUGAUUAAAACAGCGAGGUCUCUGGCAAAUAGAAUUCCUUGUUUAUCAACAAGACUAGGGUAGACAUUUUGCCCCACCAGAAUCAGAGUAAGAUGUAUUAACUGGCACCAUUGGAUAAGAUAGUUACUUUCAAACAAAUUUCCAGUUCACACUAUUAUUUUCAUUGUCAUGAAAAAUUAACCUGCCCUACCUCUUGAUGAAAUGUUAGUUGAUAGAAUGAACCCACUACAAGUUGGGACGGGGUGUAAGUUGGCUUGAACAUCGGCAACUUUGCUGCGGGGGUAGUUGUUUUAUUUUAAGAGGGCAUUUGUUUUCCGUGAGCUUUAAGAGGAAAGUUUUAAUAUUUAAUCUUCACAGUUUUAUGCAGGACGAGAGAAAUUCAGGCCAAUUUUUAAAAUUUGUACAGCAGAUGUCCCAAAACAACAAAACUCACAGGACUAUGAAAAGAGAAACUUUCAUAUAUUAAGGAGCAUUUCACUUAGCCUGUUCUUAAUUUUCCCUUAAAAAUAAUUUUCUCACUAAAUUUUUUUUGUUAAAAUCAUUUCCCUUCCAUUUUUUUUAUUUUAACUCGAGUGCUCUAACAUGUUGGUAAAAUAUCUUUAUAUUGUCUCAAUCAACAGAGCAUAUAUUUUUAAAAAUCUAUUUUAAAAAGUUAAAAGUGCAGCCGUUGUAGGAAGCCUUUUAAUACACAGAUAAAUAGCCCUUCAAAAAUAAAACAGUAGAUUUUUACUUUCCCCACGCAGUCAGUUCUCCUCCCCCCACUCCCCGCUCCUGUGUAUUUCUAGCAGAAUCAUGAACACAUGCUGUUUUUGCAGGAGAGAUUCAUGUAUUUCUAAUCUCAUUGAAAACUAACUAUGUUGGGGAAUUUCUUUUUUAAAAAAAGAACUGUGAAAUAUCUGGUUUAAAUUGUAUAAAAAUGAUGCAAUAAUCCGAAAAUUAAUUUUAUUUAGACACAAUGAGAAAAGCCACCAUUGUAACGUUCCUCUAAAUUAGCAUCCUUUGAAUUUAAUGGAUAUGAUUGUCUUAAGCAAAAUGGGUUAUUAUGGAAGGCCUGAAGUUUGGCCUUUUCCAAAGUACAGUAAGGUCUAUCAAGGAGUUCCAAUAUAGAUACGCUUGCAGUGUUGCUGAAUCUACUGAUUCCUCCACAGAUAAAUUCAGGGUUUUGAUUCUAGAAUCAGUCACCAGCAGUGAGAUAAAACAUUUCAAUCCAUUUUUAGUCAUCCAAAAGCGGGCAUUUUUGCAUUCCUUAAAAGAAGUUUGAAAAGGCGAUACUGUUGACGUUUCCCCAUUGAUCGAAGUAUAGAGCUGGCUGGUUUAUCUGAAUGUGCUUUGCUAUUCUAAUAGCCAAAAGGAACAGAAGGUAAUUUAAAAAAAAAACUCAUAUUGUAUAAUUUAUUGAGUUAAAAACAAGAUUGUGUUUUUGGCUUCUGCCACCUAUUCAGCCCCUUCUCUGCAUAAUGUGAACACUGCUAAAUGUCCAGAGUUCAUUGCCAGGCAUCGCUGAAAAGAAGGCGUGGAAAGGGCUAACUCCAUUAUAGUCAUCUUAUGCAGAAUUGGUUUCAAGUACAGUUUCUAUAUUUUACAAAACAAAUGGGCACCUUGCCGGAUAUUGCCUGAGGCGCUCUCGUAAUUUAGAUAUUCUUGGGAAAUGCUUGUGUAUAAAAUAUGUACAUAUAUAAAAUAUAUAUACACAGUAUAUAAUCUAUAGCUCUGAGAGCUUUUAAAGUCAGGAAUGCUGAGUAUUAUAGUAUAUUGAGGUCAUAAAAAGAGUUUUAUGUGUGUGGGGUGGGGUGGGGGGGGGGUGAGUGACUGCGCUUAAGAUUUUCUCCAGAGUAGUUUUAAGCUGCAUUAUUCAUUUGUGUUGUCCUGUUGUCCAGUUUUCCCUUUUCUGUUUAUUUCACUGCAAUUUGUACUCUUAUGCAGCAUUAUGACAUUUAUGUCAACUCUUGCGUAUAAUUCCUCUCAUUCCCAAAUUCUUCACUGUGUGCUUUUGUCUCUUUUGGCAGCUAUUAACUAAGGCAAAAAGAUUUGAGAAAUGUUUGGGUUAUUCUAAGGGAGCGAAUUACAAACCCCUUCACCCUCCCAUUCUUGGUUCCCGCUUACUUAGACUUAAACAGUAGACAGCAGGAUUGUUUGACCAUCCAAGUAAGCUUCUAUCCCGCCUGGUUUCCUGGCUCUAUAAUAUCGUUGUUAUCCAAAUAGAAACUACCUUACUUGAUACUGAAUAACUAUCGUAAAGGGAAGGUCGCUCAUGUAAGAAAUCUGGCCUCGAUUUGAAAGCUUAAAUGCAUUGGAGCCAGCUGUGUGUAUUGCUGGAUUGUACUACUUCUAGACUCCAACCUUUGGGAUUGAAUGUUUGAAUGUUGCUGUGCGUGAGUUUGUAGACAUUGGCGCAUCAAAAGCUCGUGGCCUAGGGAGACAGUCCUAGGCAAAUUUUGAUAGGUUUCCCUUAGCAGUCUCUUAACGCUGCAUUCCCUCCUGCCCAUGCUUCAGUUUUUAUUAUAGGCCGAUACACGUGAGGCUGUUUGUCGUGUACUUUUGUUUCACUUGAAGGAGCUCCUAGUGUGGGGUUUGUGGACCUGCUGAUAUGUAUGCAUCUCAGUAUUCUUAAUUAAUCAGCUGAUUCUCUCUCAGGAUAACCCUAAAAGGAAGCCGUUCCGGCAGGAUGAUCUUCACAGGGCAGUACCAAAGAUUUAGAUGUCUGAGUAUCUUGUUGGGAGGAUUCCCGUCAUUCUAAUAACCAAUGAAAACGUUGUGCGGGCCAAGAUUUAAUGACCGGAACAAUCGAAAGAGAGAGAGAAGGGAAUUAGAUUUCUGUUAACAUUAACUCCCUUUGGCAAUCUGUGGAUAGAACAAGGCAUUUAAGAAAUUAAAUCUCGAGAGAAAUACGGUCAGGUUCCCUUUGAUCUCUCAGCACUGCAUGAACUUCAUUCAGAUUCUCAACAAAGCACAGUUAUGAAUUUUACUCAGCGGCAACUGAGACAAGUAUGCAAUAUUUUAGCCUUCUAAUCAGAGUUUUAUUUAAUAGGCAGCGAAAAGCCAUGGUUUGUGUUUGUUAAUGCAUACGGGAACAUUCCCUCUGGGUUUGCUAGGUAAAAAAAAGUGUACUGACCCUACUGUUUGUUCUAAACAGUGAGAAGCACAGCCAGUUGGGGACUCUUAACCUAUCGAUGAAUGGUGCUGAAAUCUUCGUGUCUGCCUAGGAUACAUUCACUUACAGUGCUGAAUAUAGCUUAGGUCAUUACAUUUCUUCUCAGCGAAAUGUGGAGAUAGAUCAGAAUGUAAUCCUAAACCUUUUAGCCUUGAAUGAAUGUAUUUUUAAAAAUAUGUAUAUAUUCAAACUGUAGUCCAGGGCGGACAGACAAAAUGUUUAGCACAAAUUAGGAUAAUUAUCUAAAUUUUUGGUACUUCACGUGCUGGUCGCUGCUGGCCAGAAGCAAGCUUUCAUGCCUUUUUAGGGCUGGAUUCCACGGUCAGGAAUUCCUUGGGUUGGUUCAGGAGCAUCGUUGUGAAUCAUACCUUGUUUACCCCAGUACGGAAUCUCAUGGCACCUUGCGGCCACCUCUCGUUUACUUUCUCAGGGUUCGUGUACACCUAAAAAAAUCACCAUUUUAUUUCUGUUUUCAAGUACAGAGCGUUUGUGUCUUGGCAAUGCGACUUCACCUGUAUAGUAUCUGUCACAGUGUGUGUGGGAGUGUGUGGCUUACCUCCGUGUAUUGAGAAGACUGAUGACAACUAAGCUGGGAUAAAAUUAAUCUUUCCUGGGUAGGUGUGUGGCAAAAAUCUCUUUUGGUCACCGUGGGCAUGAUUCACAAGCCACUGCGUUGUUACAAUAAUGAUUGUGCUGUUGUGUACAGAAAACCUCUAAACCCGCAAGGAGACCAGGGCAAGUCAAUACUUACUAAUUAUCGGCGGGGGGGGGGGGUGAUCUUCAACUCUACCUUUUGAUCGACUCCUUGAUCAUGUAAACAAACCGGAGAUCGGCACAACCUCUUUCAUGCAGAACUCAACCAUUUAUUGUACUUCUACUUUGGAGGAUGGCAUUAUCAGUGUCAAGUCAGGCAAGCCUCCGCCUUAGCCAGUCAGCUGCGAUGUGAGGGACAAUCUGAAAUAAGAGUCAAAGUGGGAAGGGGCAGAGAAAAAGCAUGUGGAUAAAUUCAGAAACACAUUUGGAUAAAAAAAACAAAGGGCGAUUAUAAAGAUGGUUUCUAUACGUUGUGCUUUAUCCAGGCGCCACUCCAUGUUUGUGUAAUGGACCUACUCCUGUUUUUAAAAGAGCAAGAAAUUAAGUAGUAGAGUAUCGACGCUGUUUUAAAAGCAGACGCUACUGCAUAUGUCAGCUUUUUGGCUCGGGAAGCACCAGGGCAGGUGGGGAAAAGUUGUACAACUUCAAAUGCUUUUCUCCGUAUAGUUCUCUCCUAUUGCUUUUUGUAUGUCAGUUGUCACAUUAAAGCCAUUCUGGUCUGGAAUUUACACUUUGAAACUUCUUUAGAAUAAUGUGGGAAGUUUCUAGAGUUAAGGUUGCGGUGUUAUUUUUAUUUAAUUUUUAAAAAAUCAAAUUCACACUCCCCCCCUCCACCACCAUUUCUGAUUCUUUACCCCAAACAAUCAGCACAAAACAGGGUAUCGAGCUUAAAAAAAAACUUUUCUAUUGAAAUUAAAUUACUAAAAAAAGAAAUAUGGACUGAAGAAUACGUUUGACUGUUCCCUACUUCCUAGAAAUAUCCGUUUUAAUUUUGUAACUCAACCUUUUGUGCUUUGUUUUUUUUUAAAGUACUGAGUUAUACCGCAUUUUAGUAACAUUAUGUACAUACUAACUGCUUUGUGUUUCAAGAUGCUAGUAAUUGGUUUGUAUAUUAAAGUGAUCCUUGUGAAUUUGUGAAUUAUUGUCAUAAAAGUGCUUUUUUUCUUACUGUAAAAUUUGUGGUAUAAACUGUCAUAACACCCUUUUUACACAUUUAUGUGCAGACACAUAAACAUGCUUUUAAAAUCCUU